CCCCUUUCUCCCCUCACAUCCACGAGACUUCCCUCCUCCCCCGCGGGACGGACACCGGGUUCAACCGCUCGGCGGCCCCGCCUCGUCUGUGAUCUCAGUAGGGGGAGAAAGAGAGGCGGAAAGAAGCCUCCUCCCGGCCGGGCAAAGCCCAACCCGAGCCCUGCCUGGGGCCUGGUAGCUUCGCUUCGCCUUGCGCCUCCCCCGCCCGCCCGCCCGCCUCCCUCACACGCUCCGCUUUCUUUUUCCUCCUCACAGGCACUUCCUGCGCGGGGCCGGGCCGGGCCCAGUCGGGUGGAGAGGGGGAGACUGCUGCUGCUGCUGCCGCCUCGGCGGAGUUAAAAAGGGAAGGACUUUGGAAAAACGCCCUCUCGUUUCUCUCAUACAGCUUCGGAGCGUCUCUAUUUGCACUUCCUUCUUGUAAAACAAAGCUCUUAAGUUCCACUUUCACUUAGUUGCCAAAAGAUAUAAUGGACUAAUUCAACAGAUGACAGCAUUACAAGAUUGAGCAUGAUCUUUAAGGUUCCCCGGCUUAAUAUGUACAUCUGACUGGCACAUGGAGGUUGAUUUCCUCCAAGAAGAAUUGCUGUGAAGAGUUUCCUGGAAUUGUAUGUUGUGAAGAAUUUUGUAUGUGAAGAAGACAGACCCGACCAUGUAUAACAUGACUUAGCCCCCUCCCCAACAUGACCUCUAAGUUUGCUGCUUCUCAAUAGGCAUUUUUUCCUUAAAGUGAUCAGUGUUGUACACAUGCUUUGAUCCAUUUCUGAUGAAUGUUUUAGCCAUGAGUUUACAUCGGCAAAUGGGAUCUGAUAGAGACUUGCAAUCUUCUGCCUCCUCUGUAAGCUUGCCUUCAAUUAAAAAGGCACCAAAGAAAAGAAGGAUUUCACUGGGGUCUCUCUUUCGAAGAAAAAGGGAUACAAAACGCAAGUCCAGAGAUAUAAACGGAGGUGUGGAUGGCAUUGCAAGUAUUGAAAGCAUACAUUCGGAAAUGUGUAUGGACAAGAACUCUAUUUUCUCUGCCUAUAUGUCUUCUGACAAUGGAACAACCAUCAUCAGCAAACAGAGCGGAGACUUCAUGGAGUGUCCCUUGUGCCUUUUGCGACACUCCAAGGAGAGGUUUCCGGAAAUAAUGACUUGUCACCAUAGAUCUUGUGUGGAUUGCUUACGUCAGUAUCUCCGGAUAGAAAUCUCUGAGAGCAGAGUUAAUAUCAGCUGUCCAGAGUGCUCUGAGCGAUUCAAUCCCCAUGAUAUUCGAUUGAUAUUAAAUGAUGACAUAUUGAUGGAAAAAUAUGAAGAAUUUAUGCUUAGAAGAUGGCUUGUGGCAGACCCUGAUUGUAGGUGGUGUCCUGCUCCUGAUUGUGGGUAUGCUGUAAUCGCUUUUGGCUGUGCAAGCUGUCCUAAACUUACAUGUGGACGUGAAGGCUGUGGAACUGAAUUUUGCUAUCAUUGUAAACAAAUUUGGCAUCCCAACCAGACUUGUGAUGCUGCUCGCCAGGAGAGAGCCCAGAGUCUACGCUUGCGAACAAUUCGUUCUUCGUCCAUUAGCUACAGCCAGGAGUCUGGAGCAGCAGCUGAUGACAUAAAGCCAUGCCCACGCUGUGCUGCUUAUAUAAUAAAGAUGAAUGAUGGAAGCUGCAAUCAUAUGACAUGCGCGGUCUGUGGAUGUGAAUUCUGUUGGCUAUGCAUGAAGGAGAUUUCAGACUUGCAUUAUUUAAGUCCAUCAGGUUGUACAUUCUGGGGGAAAAAACCAUGGAGUCGGAAGAAGAAAAUACUGUGGCAACUAGGGACGCUUGUGGGGGCACCUGUGGGAAUCGCCUUAAUAGCAGGCAUUGCUAUUCCAGCUAUGAUUAUUGGAAUACCUGUAUAUGUGGGACGUAAGAUUCACAAUCGCUAUGAAGGUAAAGACAUUUCAAAGCACAAGAGGAACUUGGCCAUUGCAGGUGGCGUAACCUUGUCCGUAAUUGUUUCACCGGUUGUAGCUGCAGUAACUGUUGGAAUUGGUGUCCCGAUUAUGUUGGCCUAUGUGUAUGGAGUAGUUCCUAUCUCUCUCUGCCGAAGCGGAGGUUGCGGGGUAUCGGCUGGCAAUGGAAAGGGUGUCAGAAUAGAAUUUGAUGAUGAAAAUGAUAUAACUGUUGGUGGAACAAAUGCAGCAGUAGAUACCACAUCAGUAGCAGAGGCACGUAAUAACCCCAGCAUAGGGGAAGAAAGUGUUGGAGGAUUGACUGGAAGCCUGAGUGCAAGUGGCAGCCAUAUGGACAGAAUGGGAGCAAUUCGAGACAAUCUGAGCGAAACUGCCAGCACUAUGGCCCUGGCUGGAGCUAGUAUAACAGGGAGUCUGUCGGGAAGUGCAAUGGUCAACUGCUUUAACAGGUUGGAAGUUCAAGCGGACGUGCAGAAGGAAAGGUGCAGUUUGAGUGGAGAGUCGGGCACCGUUAGUUUAGGAACAGUUAGUGACAAUGCCAGCACCAAAGCGAUGGCUGGAUCCAUUUUAAAUUCAUAUAUCCCGUUGGACAGAGAUAGCAGCAGUAUGGAGGUGCAAGUAGACAUUGAAUCAAAGCCCACAAAAUUCAGACACAACAGUGGCAGCAGUAGUGUUGACGAUGGUAGUUCUGCAGGUCAAAGUAACGCUGGUUGUUCGGCAGCCUGCUUGUCAGAAAACAAAUCUAGUGCCACCAAGUGGUCCAAAGAUGCAUCGGCAGGGAAAAAAUGCAAAGGUAAACUAAGAAAAAAGAGUAGCAUGAAGAUAAAUGAGACCAGAGAGGACAUGGAUGCUCAGUUAUUAGAGCAACAAAGCACAAACUCCAGUGAAUUUGACUCUCCCUCUCUCAGUGACAGUAUCCCAUCUGUAGCUGAUUCCCACUCAAGUCAUUUUUCUGAGUUUAGUUGCUCUGAUAUGGAGAGUAUGAAAACCUCAUGUAGCCAUGGUUCCAGCGAUUAUCAUACCCGGUUUACCACGGUUAACAUUCUCCCAGAGGUAGAAAAUGACCGUUUAGAAAACUCUCCACACCAAAGUGGCAAUUCGUUGCUGAUUCCAGCUGCUCCAAACUCAGAGGCUCCACAGCUGAGUUACAUUGCUGAAGAAUGUGUUUAUAAUGGGACCUCAAGUGUUGCAGAUAUGGGUACUGGUGAAACACUGAAAGAAGCAAACAACAACCAUUCACAGUACGCUGUGGAGUUAAAUGCUGCAAUUCAGACUGAGAUUUAAACCUGUAAGUGCUGCAGAAAUGUAUUUACCACUAAAGAGCCCUUUUCUGUUAGCUGGUCAGGUAACUUUCAGCGGCCAUCAGAAGCAAAGCUUCAAUGCAAUUUACAUUUUAUAUAUCUCUAUUAAGGCAGAAUGCUUUGCGUGGAACUCUGUUGCAGAACUAUGUGAAGUGACAUGAAGGUGUAAACAAGUGCAUUACAACGAAAUGAAUAUGUUGAUGUUUUGUAUUAUUGCCAUAACUUUGCUGAAGGUCUGCAUUUGGGCAGGGGCAAAAGCUGACUCGUGUCAAUUGCAGAAGUGACCACUUCUUAAUAGAUAUCAUGAAAUAACUCAGUAAGUGGUUUCAGGCCCCCAGCAGUAACUUAACUUCAAGCUCUGGUGAAUAGCACCUAGCAAAAAUAAGUUGCAUUAACCAUACCAAAUAUUUCAGUGCUGUUAAUAUUGUCUGGGACAGAAUGUAAUCUGUUCUAGGCAAUGCUGAGACACACAACGUUCCUUGACCAAGGUUAUGGCAUUUAAUAUAACUUUUAAGUAUGAAAAACUGGUACUUGAUAUAUGAUAGGUAGCAAGGUGACGUCUCCUUAUCAAGCAAGUGGGGGUAAUUUAAUUAUAUUUGCAACUGACAGCAGAAGGUAAGGUUAUGAUAUGCUGUAUAAAAGUUUUUGUAAAAUUUAAGAUCAUUUUAAUUUGUAAUCCAUUAUAGUGAAGCUGAUAUAGUCGCCUUUCACCCAGGGGACUUCAGUUAUGCUGUUUAAUUCUUGGUGCCUUUGGAAAAGACUGGGGGUUUAAGUGCCUGGUCUGUUGAUGCUUUCACUGUACAGUUUUCCAGAAUGUUUUCUCUUGCCACCUUUUUGGAAGCUAAAGGAAAACUUCAGAAAAUCAACUGACUGUGGUAGAUUAAUGGGUAUCAUAAUACUGAAGUAUUAGCCUACCAAAGACUCACUCAGGCUUUUAGUGGAUAACUUUUCUGACAACCCUUUUGCGAGACACAUGCACAGAAAUAAAGCACAGUGCAGAGCUUGCACAUAUAGAAAAUUUGGGCUUCAAAUUUGGCUGGCUUUUGGGGCUUUCCCACAUUAUCCUCCUUAUGGAAGAUAUUCAGCUAAACAUAAGCUGAAGCUAGCUCAGGCGUCUGCACUGUUAGAUGUUUGCUACACAAUCCAUAAUGAUAUGUGCCCUCUGCCCCUCCCCCAAAAGAAAAAAAAAGAUUAUCCUUGGCAUAAUAGCCUCCAAUUUUUGUUCUGUGUUUUUUGUAAGUAUUGCCAUUAUGGUGCUACUGAAAGUUUGGUUGUAUGAGAAGACGGCUGCUGUGAGCUGCAGCCCUCUUCCAUGACUUCCCUUCACCAGUUUCUUUAAUCGGCUUAUAACACUAGUGCCAGAUACGUCAUUUGGUAACGCUUGUUACAAUAUUUGUAUAUUUGCUCUUUUCUUUUGCUCAAUGAUGUGUGUAAACUGCAUACCUGAAAUAAAUGUCUGAGUACUA